CCUGGAAUGGUAGGCCGGGGUUGUCUAUUUAUAGUACCAAUGUACUGUGUUUUCCUGCUGUAUUUAGACUAAUUAUAGAAAUGUUGAAAGUGAAAGUAGAACCUAGCUAUAAAACAUGUGAUAUAUUAAUACCAGGCCUGUUGAGAUUAUUACAAGUUUUAAAAUCUAGUAAAAUAGCCGUAGAGGCUGUUUGUAAGGAGGGGUUGUUGGAAAUUAUUUUAGAUGGUUUUAAAGAAAAGUUGGUUUGUAAAACAGGCACACAUCAAGAAAUCCUAGUUCGCGAAGUAUUACUAUCUUUAAUACAACUACUAGCUCAACAACAAAUGUCUUCCCAGGAAUUGAUGCAGUUCUUCCAUCUCUUUAAAUCAAAAGACAACAAUAUUGAUGGUCUGUUAUCAAUGUUUCUUGGUAUAGUAGAAAAUUCAGUAUUAAAUCCAUCACAUAGUCUUCAGUUCCCUGUAUCUAGUGUGGGUGAGAGAAGACAAUCAGAAGAUGAUAUUAACAUAUCAACAG